AUGGCCCUCUCUCUGCGCAAUCCAGUAGCCCGCGAGUGGGUUGCUCACCAGCGGGAGAAGGUUAAGCCCUGGUCCGAGUUUUUGGAUUUUUCGUCUUUCAGGAAGCCAGAGAGUCCGCAAGAACUAAAGAGAAUCUUCCUCAAAAAUGUCGAAGUCUACCAUGCGAAUUAUAUGGUUCUCACAACCUUGCUCUUGGUAUACGCCAUUAUCACAUCACCACUCCUGCUCAUUGCCAUCUCUUUAUUCUUCAUUUUAAUGAACCUAAUCGAGCAAAAAGGGCCAAAAAUUAUCGGACGUGAUCUACCAGUCCACCAACAGUUCGCACUUUCUGCCGUCGUUUCUGGACCGUUAUUUUUCCUCGCCAGUGCUGGUCAUGCACUCUUUUGGACUCUUGGGGCAUCUUCAUUUGUUAUUGCGAUCCAUGCUCUGACGAGAUACCAGGAACCCGAGGCCACGCCACCAACUGAGACCGUCUAG